GCGAGCGGCCCAGCGUCGGCCGGGUAACCCCUCUCUGAGCUGCGGCCGGGAGCUGCCGACCGCUGGGGCGUGCGAGCCUGGGGUCCGGGCGGCGCGGCGAUGACCUGAUCCCGAGCCCGCCAGGGCGCCCGUCCCUUGCUGCCCGGUUCGCUCGCAGCCUGUGCAGGAGACCGGCUCCUCGGUGCGGCGGCCCGGGCGCACGGUGGCGGGGAGCUCCGGUGAAAGGCGUGUGGGCGCCGAGCUGAGGAGGACACCUUCGGCAGCUCUGCCUUUGGAGGGGCUUCUGUAAACUACUGAGUCAUUCCAGAUUUAGGAUUCCCUAAAUAAUCACCAACUGUGCCCGUCUCGUGCCGGAACGCGGGCAGAGAGAGAGCGAGAGCGCCCGCUCUCGGGACCCCGCGGAUCCCCAGGGUGCUUGGCCCUCGAGGAUCUCCCUCCCUCCGGCUUGUCCUCCCCCUCCCUCGUCUCCCGCUUUCUUUGCAGUGCUGCUGGAGGAGAGGCGCACUCACCGCAGCUGGAAACAGCUGCCCCCGCCCCGCGCCCCUACCCCGAGUCUAGCUAACCGCUCCCACUUCUCGCCUCUUGGAAUUCCAGAAGUGGGGAGGCCGGCCCCUGGAGAACCGCAGCCGGUGCGAUGCAUUCCGUAGACCUCACCCAGCUGGGACGGACCUCCUAAUCUCCAGAACCGCGGGCCACAGGGAGUUGAAUUGCUGCCUUCCUCUCUUCUCUGACGCGGUUGGUGGCUCGUUUUCUAAAGGAACGUUUUAUUCACUUUUUAGUAUUUUCUUUUCUUUUCUUUGUUUUUCUUUUUUUUUUAAACCGGGGACACGCUUCUCUCCUCGGUCCAGACUCUGCUUUGUAAACGGGUUUUCUAUGUAUGUAUGUGUAGGCAUACUUUGGACACCUUACAACGCUUGCGCCUCUCCAACCGGGGCACGGCUUGUUAUUUUGGACAUCUUUCCCCCCUUUCCACUCGGUACCCUGAACGCAGUGUGACCAAACUCCUCACUGUCCUUUGGACGUGGAUCGCCUUGGGGGUGCAAGUUUGGGGUGCAAACGUCUACUUCGUGAGAAGGCCUGGGACCGCCCCGCCCCCGACGCCAGGGGUUGAGGAAGUUUACAUCUGGAUUUUCACACGUUUUGUUGCCACUGCCCAGACUCCGACUAACCUUGUGGGCUCCAGGUUUUCGAUACUGCAACCUCCUCAAAUAUUAGCACUGCCUCCCCGCGCCUGCCCUAUCCCUCCAGGCCCCCUGAGGUCCUUCCCUCAUCCAGGCGGAGCGGAGUACAAACCGAGGACUCAGUGGAGCCCCGGGCCUCGGGCCCGCACUGAGCAGCUAUGGCUGCAGCGAUAGCCAGCUCCUUAAUCCGGCAGAAGCGGCAGGCGAGGGAGUCCAACAGCGACCGGGUGUCGGCCUCCAAGCGCCGCUCCAGCCCCAGCAAAGACGGGCGCUCCCUGUGUGAGAGGCACGUCCUCGGGGUGUUCAGCAAAGUGCGCUUCUGCAGUGGCCGCAAGAGGCCGGUGAGGCGGAGACCAGAACCCCAGCUGAAAGGGAUUGUGACAAGGUUAUUCAGCCAGCAGGGAUAUUUCCUGCAGAUGCAUCCAGAUGGUACCAUUGAUGGGACCAAGGACGAAAACAGCGACUACACCCUCUUCAAUCUAAUUCCUGUGGGACUGCGUGUGGUGGCCAUCCAAGGCGUGAAGGCCAGCCUCUAUGUGGCCAUGAAUGGGGAAGGCUAUCUUUACAGCUCAGACGUUUUUACCCCAGAAUGCAAAUUUAAGGAGUCUGUGUUUGAAAACUACUAUGUGAUCUAUUCUUCAACCCUGUAUCGCCAGCAGGAAUCAGGCCGUGCCUGGUUUCUAGGACUCAAUAAAGAAGGUCAAAUCAUGAAGGGGAACAGAGUGAAGAAAACGAAGCCCUCAUCUCAUUUUGUACCAAAACCUAUUGAAGUGUGUAUGUACAGAGAACCAUCGCUACAUGAAAUUGGAGAAAAGCAAGGCCGUUCAAGGAAAAGCUCGGGAACACCCACCAUGAAUGGCGGCAAAGUUGUGAAUCAAGACUCUACAUAGCUGAGAACUCCUCCUGUUCUGCCCUCCCCACCCUCUCCCUUCUCCUCCCUUCCCUUCCCCAAUUUUCUCCAAUAAAUCCACCCCAACAAGAGAAAAAAAUAAAAAAAAGGCAUCACAGGACUUAGUAGCUGAGAUUCUGCACUCAAAAUCUUACUUUGUGUAGGACAAGAAAAUUGAACCAAAGCUUGCCUGUUGCAAUGUGGUAGAUAAUUCACAUGCAUAACAAUUAUUGCACAUAAAAGCAAAGAAAAAAUAAAUCAGGACUCCACAAACACUAAA